AGAACCACCGAUCCAUGCCGGCCCAACAAACAAAUCCAACCCAACCCUCCUCACAUUUUGGCCGUACAUAACUUAUUUAUAAGCAUAAUCCCAACUCCUACCCACACACACACACACACACGUGAUCCAUUUUCUGGAAAGGAGUAGUUGAUUGUUGUUGCAGCUAUGGGCACGGCCAACACUCCACUCCUGCUGAACAGCAGCCGCAACGGCGAAGGGGAGGAGGAGGGGGACGGGAAGCCGGUGACGUCCGUCGCGAGGGCGUUUGGAAUCGAGUCGAAGAAGCUGUGGAAGAUCGCCGGGCCGACAAUUGCGACGGCCCUAUGCCAGUACUCGCUCGGCGCGCUGACGCAGACGUUCGCCGGGUUCGUCGGGGAGCUCGAGCUCGCCGCCGUGGCGGUUGAGAAUUCCGUUGUCGCCGGCCUUGCUUUUGGGGUCAUGUUGGGAAUGGGGAGUGCGUUGGAGACGCUGUGCGGGCAAGCAUACGGUGCGGGACAGUACAGGAUGCUGGGGGUGUACAUGCAGAGAUCGUGGGUCAUCUUGUUGACCACCGCCUGUAUUUUGGUUCCUGUCUAUGUCUUCUCUCCUCCCAUUCUCGAGCUCUUUGGAGAGACCACCGAGAUCUCUGAAGCCGCAGGGAAAUUCGCUCUGUGGAUGUUACCGCAACUAUUCGCAUACGCCCUGAAUUUCCCGAUACAGAAAUUCUUGCAAGCACAGAGGAAAGUCCUUGUGAUCACAUGGAUAUCAGCUAUAGUGCUGGUGUUACAUGCAUUUUUCAGUUGGCUCCUAAUGCUGAAGCUCGGGUGGGGAUUGACCGGGGCAGCCAUUACUCUCAACACUUCUUGGUGGCUCAUCGUGAUCUUGCAGUUGCUCUACAUUUUCAUAACCAAAUCGGAUGGUGCUUGGAGUGGAUUCACGUGGCUUGCAUUUGCGGACUUGUGGGGAUUCGUCAAGCUUUCUUUGGCUUCUGCCAUCAUGUUAUGCUUGGAGUUCUGGUACUUGAUGGUUCUUGUGGUGAUAACGGGUCGUCUGAAGAACCCUUUAAUCCCGGUUGAUGCCAUCUCUAUCUGCAUGAACAUUCAAGGAUGGGAUGCUAUGAUUGCUAUUGGAUUUAAUGCUGCCAUAAGUGUGAGGGUAUCAAAUGAACUUGGAGCCGGUAAUGCACAAACAGCAAAAUUCGCAGUGGUUGUGGUGUCCGUCACAUCCAUAGCCAUAGGAGUUGUUUGCAUGGCUGUUGUGUUUGCAACAAGGGAUUACUUCCCUUACCUUUUCACAAACAGUGAAGCUGUAGCUGCAGAAACCACCAAACUCGCGAUUUUGCUAGGAUUCACCGUUCUGUUGAACAGUCUUCAGCCAGUCUUGUCCGGGGUUGCAAUUGGAGCUGGGUGGCAAUGGCUUGUGGCAUACAUCAAUAUUGCAUGCUAUUAUAUAGUUGGAUUGCCUGCUGGAAUACUGUUGGGAUUCACAUUUGAUCUCGGAGUCAUGGGAAUUUGGGGUGGGAUGAUAGGAGGCAUUUGCUUGCAAACAGCUAUCUUAGUAGUCGUCACUUCGAUCACAAACUGGAACAAAGAAGCUUCAGAAGCAGAAAGCCGGGUCAAGAGGUGGGGAGGUGCAGCUGCAGAUCAAUGAUUCGUAUAAAACUCAAAAAGAGACAUAAGUGUUGGCGGCAGAAGAGUCAUUUUUGCAGAUGGAAGAGAAUGUAAGAGACUAUAUGGUGCUCCGAGUGCGUUAAUCAUCUAAAUGAAAUCUUCUUACUUCUUUUCAUAUUGGAUAAGUGGCGGGCGCAAUAUUUAGAAUCGGGGGACCAAACAAUAUGUAUUCAUUUUGGUUUAUCUAAUGAAACUCUUGCAAGAUAAUGCUUGAAUUA